AUGUUGCUCGUGGAAUCUAUCAUUGUGCUUGCUACGGCUUGCAUGUUAUAUAUCCUCAGUUCUCGACGAAAGACUCACACCCAUCGAGUUCAAUCUCCAAACCAUCAAAAAACAUCCUCAACAUCACGUUCAGCAACCAACACAACAAAAUUUCUCCACAACCCUCUCCCCAACAUCUCCCGUCUCCUAUCAUGCACCUCACCCACCUCAUCAGCAACACCAUCACCAAACUCAAAAACCAACCCAUCCACAUCCACAUCCACACCCAGCACUCCCCAAAAACAAAGCAAACCCGAACCCGCCCCCCAAAAACCACCUUACAUCCUCCCACCUCUCAAACCCAGCUCUCCACACCCAACAUCCAUGGGUCUCAAACGACUCGACCAAUCCAACUGGUUAACCAUUGAUUCCUUCUACCAAUCCGAACACACGCUUCGUGCAUCAUUAUUAGAAACCCAUGGUCCGUGUGUGUUGCAGGUAUUGAAACCGGCUGUUUCGGCUACGUAUGAGGUAUUAGAUAUGACGGUUGAGUUUUUACUAGAGAGGAUAAUCUAA